AUGCCUAGGUACUUUUGUGAUUAUUGUCAUUCCUAUCUAACACAUGAUACGUUGAGUGUAAGAAAAUCUCAUUUGAUUGGAAAACAACAUUUAAAACUGGUAUCUGACUACUAUGUUAACAAAUAUGUUCAAUUGAAUACAUUAAGGAAAGGAAAUAGGAAACAACAAUUAACUAAGCAUAAAAAUGAUGGAUACCGUGCUAUUUUAAUUAAGCAAUAUAAGGAUAAACUAUAUGCCAAUAUUAAAUAUAGGCUAAAAUUUAAUAAUAAGUCUUUCUAUUACGGGUCAAAUAAAUUAAAAAAAUUAAUAUUCAAGAAAUUGGCUAUAAAGAGAAAGUUAUAUGAAAUAAGGUAUAAGAAUUUAAUUUACAAAAACGUUAAAGUAAUAAAAAGAAGAAAAGAAGGAAACUUAAUGGCUAAGGGUAAAAGGGAAAUUAUUAAUGGUACCACUACUAAUACCAAAAUAAAAUAUAAAUACAUUGUUGACAGCUCUAAUGGAAUAUUAAAUUGGUUAUACAUUGGAUCACCCGGUUAUAAUAAGGUUUUCCAUUUAGAUAAUAGGUUGGAUACCAUGGAAUUUAUUUUGAAAAACAAAUUGCCCCAAAGAGCAAAUAAUGGGAAUGUUGAUAGUAAUAUUGAUCCUAAAAAUAAUAAUAAUCAUAAUAAAAAUAAGGCCAACAGUAAUACUGGAAAGCAAAUCACAAAAACUGUCAGUACCAGAUCUAUGUUAUUCAAAAAUAUAACUCCAAAUAGUGUUGUCUCUAGGCCUUCUAUCAAUAAAGCACAUCCUAAAGUUGUCUUAUUACCGCCUAAAACAUUAAAAAUAUGGAAUAUUAACAAUACCAACUCUACAAAUAAAAAGAAUAACUCUAACGUUCUGCUAAAUGAACAACUACAAUCACAAUGUAAUAUUUUUAGAAUUGAUAAUAGAACCCACAGACUAUUAUUGAAUACCUUGAUUAAAAAAACUAGAAGUGGUAAUAAUGGCAAUGGUCUAAACAAUAGCUAUUCAAGACUGCUUUCAUCCUACAAUAACAAUGCUAGCAGAUUUGGUACCAAACUGAGAAGUAAAAAUGCUUUAACCAAAAAAUAUAACGUCAAUGGCAGCAACUCUGUGAUUAAUAGAAAUAACAAUACUGGUGGUACUUUUAAUAGUAGUCAUAACAGGGGAUUCCAGUCCAGGAAAAGAACUGCGGAUAACUAUAUUAACAACAAUAUUGCGACAACAGCCAGUAGUGUUUUUAAGAAAAGGAGAUUUGAAUCAAACCAGUAUCAAACAAGACCGCAACUGAAAACGUAUAACAAUGUAAAGAAGGAUAGUACUUAUGGUAGUUUUAACAAGGUUAAUAUCAAUAAUAAAAAUAAAUAUAAUAAUUUUAAUGGGGGUAAUAUGAAAAACAACACUAACAGAUACAAUGUAGCAAUGACCCCUGGUACGAUUAAUAAAAGGUUUAAUAAUUACAGUGAUAAUAAGGGCAACACGAGAUCUUUUUCUUCAAGAUAUUACAAUAAUCCCAGCAGUAGGUAUUCUAAUAAUAAUAGUAGUAAUAAUAAUAAUAAUGCUAGCAGGUAUAAUAAUAAUAAUAAAUAA